AUGGAAGCCCUUUCGCGGAGAGAAGAUACCGAAGUACUAGAAUCUGUCAAAUCGGACGCUCUGAAAGUGUGUGACGAUUACGUCAAAGCUUUCGCCGAAUGCGCUACUGGACGAACAUUUACAUUACCUUUCGUGUGUAAAGAUAAACUAGACGAUAUGCAGAAUUGUAUGAGAGAGUAUAUGACACAGGAUAGGAUGGACGCUGCGAAAUUAGAUUACAUAGCGAAUCGAUCGGAACAUGGUCGUCAGGCUGUAGAGGCAUUACGGAAGAGUCGUGCAGAGAGGUUGAGGAAGAUGGCGGGGUUGAAGGAAGAGCCAUCGGGAGCACAGAGGAAGUAG